AUGUCAUGUUCAAUUCCAGGAACACUAAUGAUUGAACCCACUGAAAGUGAAAGCAAGGCUGAGUUGGACAGGUUUUAUGAUGCUUUGAUCUCCAUUAGACAAGAAAUAGCAGAAAUUGAGAAAGGAACAGUGGACAUCAACAACAAUGUCAUCAAGGGAGCACCUCAUCCACCACAACUACUCAUGGCUGAUAAGUGGACAAAACCAUACUCCAAAGAAUAUGCAGCUUACCCUGCACCAUGGCUUCGUGCAGCUAAGUUCUGGCCUACUACAUGCCGUGUGGACAAUGUGUAUGGUGAUCGCCCUUCAUAUAUUAUUCUUUUUAUAGAUAAGAUUCUUCCAUAA